AUGUCUCUAAGGCUUGGCACCCAAAUUAGCAUCAUUGCAUCAUCGCCUGAAGCAGCAAGAGAAGUUCUUAAGACCUAUGACAGAGAAUUGUCAGGCAGGUUCAUAGCAAACGCUAUUCCACUCAUAAACCCAAAACUCAACAACUUCUCACUUGCAGCAGCCCCUGAGUGCAACGAUUAUUGGAGGUCCCUAAGGGCUAUUUGUAAAGCUGACCUUUUUUCAGCCAAAGUAUUGGAAUCACAAAAUCAUAUAAGAGAGAUGAAGGUUAGGGAGUUGGUAGAUUUCUUGGGUUCAAAGGAAGGUGAGGUAGUGAAUCUUGGAGAGGCGAUCUAUGUUACUUAUACUAAUAUCUUGACUAAUGCAAUAUUUUCAGUGGACUUCAUGGACUUUGAGGGUAAAGGUAUUGGUCAAGAGUUAAGGGAACUUAUAGUUGAGGUAGUAGAGUUGGGAAUGAUCCCAGAUUUAUCGCUUAUUGCUGGCACUGAUUCUAGUAGCAUGGUAACUGAAUGGGCAAUGGCAGAAUUGAUGAGAAACCAAGAUGUCCUGCAUAAACUUCGUGAAGAAAUUGAAAGUGAAAUUGGCACAAAUAUUGUGAAAGAAUCCCAUUUGAGUCACCUUCCUUACCUAGAAGCUUGUGUCAAAGAGACAUUGAGAUUAUACCCCCCAGGACCACUACUCAUUCUUCAUCGUGCCUUACAAACAUGCGAAGUAAUGGGCUAUACAAUUCCUAAAGACUCCUUUAUUUCAGUUAACAUUUGGGCAAUAGGUCGAGAUCCUACGGUUUUCAAUGAUCCAUUGAGCUUCAAACCCGAGCGGUUUCUUGAUUCAUCUUUGGAUUUUAAGGGAACUAAUUUUGACUAUACACCUUUUGGAGCAGGAAGGAGAGGUUGCCCUGGACAACCUUUGGCUACUGGCAAGUCCCACUUAUUUUGGCAUCAUUGGUCCACUCAUUUGACUGGUUUCUUCCAGGCAGUAUGA